ACGAUGCUGAGCUCAGGUCUUCCUCCCGUUCUCCUGGUGCUCUCAGUGCUGGAGCUGAGCUGGUGCCUGAGUGAUGAAGAAAAGAAGAUCAUCUUGGAUGAGCAUAAUAAAUAUCGCUCCCAGGUCUCUCCUCCUGCCCAGGCUAUGAUGAAGAUGACCUGGGACAAGGAGCUGGAGGCCCUUGCUCAAUCCUAUGCAGAGAAAUGCAUCUGGGACCACAACAAGGAGAGAGGCCGACGGGGAGAAAACCUCUUUGCCAUGGCCCCAACCCUGGAACUGGAAUUCGCCGUGGAAGACUGGAAUGGGGAGGAGAAAUUCUACAACUUUACAACAUCCACGUGUGUCCCCGGGCAGAUGUGUGGCCACUACACCCAGGUGGUCUGGUCAAGCACGCAUCAGAUUGGCUGUGGGGCACAUUUCUGCGAGAAGAUCGAUGGAAUUGAAACAGAGAACAUGCACCUGCUGGUCUGCAACUAUUAUCCCCCGGGUAACAUGAAAGGCAAAAAGCCCUACGUGGAAGGACCCUCAUGUAAAAUGUGCCCCAUGGACACAGUCUGUGUGAACAACCUGUGUGAACUCGUUGUAGAAGAGACCACUCCGGCCUCUGUGACAACAAAGGCAAGGCCAUCCACCCCAGCCACAGCCAAACCUGAACCCACAGCCAAACCUGAACCCACAGCCAAAACAGAGCCCACAGCCAAAACAGAGCCCACAGCCAAACCUGAACCCACAGCCAAACCUGAACCCACAGCCAAACCAGAGCCCACAGCCAAACCAGACCAAACCAGCACCUACAACACUGGUUCACACCACAGCAAAACCUGA